AUGUCCAGACCUACUACACCUGUUCGACCACCUAGGUCCGAAAGGCGAUUAACCCAAGAAUCGAUUCAUACAACCACAAACACAACAGCAACAACAGCAAAUGAUGAAUCAGUCGUGAUUCCACCUAUCCCUUCUUCUCUUAUCACUUCAUCAUCCUCAAUAAAAGCUCAAAAUGAUGACGAACCUCAAAUUCUUCCUUCUACACCGAAAUUAUCAAAUAGGAAAUCCACCUGUUCAAUCAGACGAAAACCUGUUCCCCAUUCAGAUGAGUUGACACCCGAAUACACAUCAUCAUCAUCAUCCACUUCCAAAGUUACUGAACAGUCUGUGCCAUCCAGCUCGACAAUAUCAUCUAUAGAUGCUGAACCACCAAGAUACCUCUUACCCGUCGAUCCACCAGUUUUAUCUUCCACUCCAAAUGCACCUUUCCCUACUGCCGGCGGACAAGAUGAAGACCAUCGAGGUGACUCAGUCGACUUCUCAGCUUCAAGACCACCUUCAUACAUCCAUCAAAAUAAUCACGAUAUCCAUCAUCACGCAGAGCACUUUGAUCCGACGUUGGGAUUAGGAGAAGGGAAUGCUGACCGGGGACUACGAUCAACAGAUGAAUUACCUCGAUAUGCAGAAGAGACUCAAACUGAACCUAAGACAUUAGCUAGAGCAUUAUGGAAAUGGGGUUUCCUUUGUCCUUUAUUGUGGUUGAUUGGCAUGUGCAUUUUAUGGAUCCCUUUAAAACCUAUUGAGGAAGAAGGUGAUCCUGAAAAAGCACAAAAAUUAGAAGAGAUGAUUGUCAUCCUAAGGAAGACCGAGCUCAAAUACGCCAAAAGAUGCGCUUGGGCUUGUCUCGGAUUUUCUGUCUUCCUCAUAGCCAUCAUCGUGAUAGGCACCGUACUCUCCGUGCGACUGUAA